CCUACUUCAGAUUUGGGGCUUAGGUCAGGGUGGCUCAAUUGGACGUCGGAUUCUCUUCUCCAUUCCUCGAAGACGCUUCUCUUCCUCUCCCUUUCCCACUCCGCGGCGGCCGGCGACGGCCGGCAGACGUCGACGGAAGACGGCGCCUUCCCCCCUUCCCUCCUGUCUAUUCUUUCUUGAGAAAUAUUUAUAACACAGGUUUCACCCUCGGAGACGGAAAUAGUCUUAGAGUUGCCGGCACGGAGACCAGGGCAUCCGUGCCGGUUGUUCCGACUGUCUUCUCAAUCUCACGAGAUCCGUUCUUCUUUUUUCUAUUUCUCAGGAGAGGCGGUAGUGGAGGUGGAGGAGAGAUGCAGCCAUAGAAGUUGACUGGUAUGGCAAAAGCUGCUGUAGUUGAGCCUUCUUCUUCCAAUACCUUGCCAUUUGGGAGAGCGCAGUCUGAUGUGAAAAUGAAAAGGAAGACCCCCUCAGAGCUUAGAGGGGAACAGUUGAAGCGAAGGGGUGGUGAGAUGCUAGCUGGCUGGGGAUUGCCUCCAUUGCUGGCUUCUGACAGGGUCAGCAGUGGAAUGAACGAUGGGGUUAAGAAACCUGAAUCAUUGAAGAUUCCGAAAUACAUCGACACCCAUGUUGAUGAUGUGUAUCCUGUCAAGAAGUCCAGUGAGAGAUGCAGAGUACUUUAUGGAAAAGCUAAGGUUGCAAAGGAUCCUUCAAUUACCAAUGAAAUGUCUAAUGACCUUGCUAAUCUGUCAGCUGCCUGUAGCUUUCCAGCUAAAGGCAUGUCCUUGGUUUCAUGUGGUAAUGCUGCUCCUCUUAAAAACUCCGAGUGUCCUGGCCAGUCUGCCAAGGAUGUUAGCGAUCAAGGUUUCCGCAAGAUUGAGAAAUGUAGCCAAAAUGCAUUGCGUAAUGUUGUUGAUCUUCAUCUGGGAAAUGAGAAGCUAGCUGAUUGUGCCAGCAUUGAUAUGGAAAAAGCGCUUAAAGGGUUUGUUGCUCGUGAUGUGCCUGCAAGAUCUGGUUUGUUGGCUGAUUCUUCUGGAAGACUUGGUGAACUUCUGUCAAACUCUUCAAGCACUUUCCGUUCUGAAAUUCUCAUGCCUGGACAUAGGGCUCCUCUUGAUUUGACUUUGAAAACUACCUUGCGUAUUGUUUCAUCAACCUCAGUGAAAUGGUGUCAUAGGGUAGGUGCAAGUCCUGCUACCAUUGAUAUAAGCCAGUUUACUCAGUUUUCUUGCCAUAAAGAUAAAAAAACUGGCUGCACAUCUGGGCAUAGUGCCACUGCUGAGAUCUUGUAUUCAAAGGCUUUGCAUUCAUGGGCAUAUCCUCAGUCUUCUCUGCCUCCUUCUAUCAUAUCUGCAAUGGCCUCGUCAGCUGUAAAGGGAGAAGUGGACUUCUUAGUGAAAAGGCAACAGGACUGGGAAGAUUCGUUUCAGAAUCUUUACUACAUGCUCAGAAAGAACAUGUGCAACAUUUUUUAUGUAAAUACUUCACAAUUUGUGGCAUUGUUCCUUGGUGGCAACUUUUUGGGAAAGAAGAAGCGGUCAUGUAGUGCCUUCCUUUCACAGUCUACUAGUGGUUUGAGGUCCUUGCUAAGACAACAUGACAUCUCUUUUGCUAUGCCUCUUUGUCAUGCUGAAGUGGAGCAAGCUAUGGAUGAUGAAUUGGUCGAACUUUCAGAAAUUGAGAAGCAAAACUUUGGCCAGACCUUCCAUAUGGAUUCUUUAUCUGAUGUUGACAACAGCCCCCAGUCUCUCCUAUCGUUUAUAGGAAAUGAGAAGGUCCAUGGUUUAUAUGACUUCUUGCUAAAUCACAGGUAUAUUUUAAAAUCUUUCACUGGUAUUGAUGUUCCCACUCUAUAUGCACCUGUGCCAUUCCAAAAUGCCAGUCUGCAUGUUCCAGAGGUAAGAUGUAAGGAGAUGAGAAAAGCUGACAUGGUCGUUCCCUCUUCAAGUGCAUCUGAUACAGAAGAUGCUGAAGCCAUUCCUGGUUUAUCUGCUGCUGGUUUUUGUUAUAGUUUGGAGAUAAAGGAUACAGUUAUUCCCCCUUGGAUUGUCUCUGGACUUUGCUCAGCAAUGAGUUCAGAUUUCAGGAGUUUCGAGUCAACCUUCACAAAUGAACCUGCAUCAGUUGGCUUAAAUGCUGCCCUGGACUCUGUCUGCCACAAAUCUAGUGUGCCAGGGGAGACGGAUAAGCCCUUGCUGGACAGUGUUGAUGCCUUUGGCAUUCGGGAAGCUGUUUUGGACCCCUGCCUAUCUGCUGCAUCAUUGAGGCGCCUCAAGUUUUCCAAUGGUGCUUAUGUCGCUUAUAUAGAUCCAAUUUGAUCAUUGAUCUUCUGGAAGUACCAUAUCUGAUAAGUGAGCUACAUUAACUGUAAACGAUUUGUCAUCAUUAAAUGCGGCUGUUCCUGCUGCCCCUUGCACUUCAUAUUUUUCAACUAUGAAAGCCACAUACCAUGUAUCCUUUGUAUUCAAACAUGCACCUGUGCAUUUUGCUAAUAUGUGAUUUGCACAUUCAGGCUGAUAUCUUUGAGGGGUUGGCUACUUGUGUCCAAUCCGACUUUAUAUGGUCUCACAUUUACCACAUACUUCCUCUUUAUUGGACAUCCAA